GGGGAGGAAGGUCGCUGAACUCGGUGAGGGACUAAUUUUUACCAAUGUUUUAAAUAGCGGCAGACCUUCAAAUCAGCUAUAGCGGGCUAUAACGGGCUAUUUGCACAUGAGACCAUUUAGCGGCACCCUGCUGAAAAGACUAUUUCUAAAAAUAUGAUUUUCCUUGUAAUAAUGUAUGUAAUGUAAAUUAAUGUUGUUUCUACUCAAAUAUCAUAUGGGUCCAGCCAGGCAGGAUCAAUGUCUUCACCAAAAUUUGACACUUGUUCGAAAAAGAACUAGAAUUUGAUACUGCUGGCAGAAACUAUUAAGAACAUUGAUGCUUGCCCCUAGUCUUUGUGUCAGGUUGGACCUAGCCUCCUUUGGAUAUUCACUAGUCCAGCAUACAGUAGUCGUAGUAAGAAACAUGUGGUGAGUUAACCGAGACACUGAGGUAGUACUAGUUGACGAUGGAGAUGGGCCACCAAUGUCUUUGAUUUGCAUCAAUGGGAGACGCAUCAUCGUAUGGUACGUACAGCUGUAGUGAAAGAAAAUGAUGGGAUCCCAAAUCGGCAUGAAUGUCUCCAUCAACUUUUAUUUACCUUUAAUUGUCUGGUCCUGGUUGAUACAGAUCAUAUAUCGAAAGAAGGAUGCUUUUAAAUAAUUGCUGCUUGUGGAAUGCGAUCCUUCUCUUCAAAUAAUUGCUCCAUGAUCGGUGCCCAUUUAUACGGAGGUACUUCCUCCGUCCGGAUUUAUUAGGCCUAAAGACAACUUUUCUUAGACCAAGACACAUAGUAAAUUGCUCACAUUAAUUCUUCCAUUCCACUCCCAAUGCACUCUCUCACAUGCAUGCAGCCAAUGAAAAAAUAUGCAUGAAGUGAAUUAAUUUUCCAGCCAUGGCACCAACAACAAUGGCUUUCAAUACAACCAAUGAAAUGGUUGCAUGCAUGCACCUUUCCAAAGCAAGGCCUUAUAAAAAGGGACAUGCUUGUGAUGCUGAGAGGCCUAAUAAAUCCGGACGGAGGGAGUAGUAGUUAGCAGUAGAAGGAAAAAGAAGAACUGGAGGGAGAGAGCAAGAAGGCGAAACAACUAGAAUGGCCGGUGAGGAGGAGGUGCAGGUGGUAGAGUCCUGCUUCGUAACGCCGGCCGUGGACACGCUGAGGAAAGCGCUAUGGCUCUCGGCACUCGACCUCAUGCUAGCCAACAGAGGCUACAACCCGCUCGUUCAUUUCUACCGUCGAUGUCCCGGCACCGAAACCACCGACGACUUCUUCAGCGUGACCAAGUUGAAGACAGCGCUAGGCAAGGCCCUUGUGGGCUUCUACCCCAUGGCCGGCCGCCUCAGGGUGGACGCCGACGGCAGGUUAGAGAUCGGUUGCAACAGCAAGGGCAUGCUUUUCCUCGUGGCUCGCUCCCAACUUACCAUCGACGACUUUAGCGAUUUGAAACCAUCACCAAGGCUGAGGAGGUUGUUUGUUCCCCAAAUGCUCUCAGCUGAGGUGUGUGCCACCCAGGUGACAUUUUUCAAGUGUGGUGGGGUGGCCUUAGGGACGGCAGUGCACCAUGGCACCAUGGAUGGCAUUUCCACGUUCCACUUCUUCCAGACAUGGUCAACUUUCUCGAGGGAUGGCGACCGGGCAGUGGUGAAGCUCCCCUACCAUGACCGCACCCACUUGUGUGCACGGUACCCACCCGCUGUUCAUCCUGACACCCUCUCCCUUUUUUGCCUCAAGAUCAACCUAUCCCAGCCCUUGGGGCCCGUGGUCAAUGAGGUUUUCACCCUUCGCAAGGAUCAACUUUCCACCCUCAAGCGCAUCUGCGGUGGCUCCGGUGUUAGCACCUUCAGUGCCGUGAGCGCCCAUUUGUGGCAGUGCAUGUGUCUAGCUCGACAGCUCCCACCAAACUCCACGACGCGCCUCGCGUUCGCCGCCAACAUCCGGCGCGCCAUGACGCCACCGUUCCCGGACGGUUACUUCGGCAACGCGGUGAUAAACGUCAGUGUUGCCGAUGAAGCGCGUGGCAUCACCUCGGGCGACCUGGCCUACAUCGCGCACCGGAUCAAGGACACCCUUGGCCGGGUGGACGACGAGCUGGUACGUUCAGCGGUCGACUACCUCGAGCUCGACCAAGCAAAGAGGGACAAUAGCCCUGCCAUAGGCAAUCUACUGGCGACGGACAUGAGAGUGGUCAGCUGGCUCAGCAUGCCGCUGUACGACGUGGAUUUCAGCUGGGGAAAGCCAUUGGCUGUGCUGCGCGCCGAAUCAAACCGUGGAGGCUUCGCACACCUGGUUGACAGCGCGCAUGGGGAUGGCAGCGUGCACAUCGUCAUGUGUAUAGACGCUACCAUCCUCAAGGAAUUCAAGCGUUUGUUGUAUGCCAAGUUCGAGAGCAUGGUGUAUUCCAAGUUCUAGCUGGCCGGGGCUAGUGUUUUCUCACACCUCCGUUUCUAUUUGUGUUCUUCAAGCAUCUCAUAUGUGCCGAGACUAUUAUUUUGAUGGUCUCUGUCGAAUAAUAUAAUUUCAGUUGGCCUAGAUCAAAUAAUUUUCAUGUCCUGGAGUGUGUUAGUGACACGGAUGUUUGAUGUUUGUAACCUAUUGGAUGUUUGUACCCUGAUUAAUAAUCUUAAGCAACUAUGCUAGGCUUA